CAGACAAAGGGGGAGAAAAAGAGAGGGAUCCAGCCAGGGGCACAUAAUGAGACGGGCAGAGAAGAAAGAAGAGGAGGUCAAUGCACACACAUUCUCCUGUGACACCAGCAAAUCCUGCUCAAUUUGACUAUUUUCUUUUUUUGGGUAAAAGAAUGUUCUGUUUGCUUUGCAGGAGUUUACUUAGGCUGGGGGUGGCUGGAUAGCGGUAACCUUUUGGAACUAAACUCUGUCCCUGUUUCCUAGUCUAUGCCAGCCCUUCCUCAUCUGACUCUAUUACCUUCUCCCUACUGAACAGACUGUGCAUAUGAAUGAAUCUGCAUAUAAACCCCCCCGCCAGACCUCAACAAUUGGCUCACCAGAUUUAGGACUGACUUCAAAGGACAACCUUCAGGACAAGGGACUGCUGUACAAGAUGGAUUAUGUGCUGGUCAGUUCCCUAAUGUGGCUAUGCGUUUUACUCCAAGGCAUCCUGACUCCGAUUUCGGUGUGCCAAACUCAAGAGAACCAGACAUUAGAAGGACUGGCCUGGUCAGAUAUCUAUAACCGCAGUAAGUGCCAACCUCGAUGGGUCCUUCUGAAUCUCCUACACGAGUUUCCCCAGUUUUCAGAAUUCCUCUUCAAGCCAGCAUGUGUGUCAGUCCAGCGCUGUGCCGGUUGCUGUUUGGAUGAAGCUCAGAGCUGCUUUCCCUUGCAGUCACACAUUGUAAAAAUGGAGGUUUUAAGGAAAAAAUCUCCCCAGGAGGAAUACACAAACAUGUCUGUUAUUCAGCAUUCAGACUGUGAAUGCAGGCCCCGUGACAGCAGUAUACUGAGGCCUGGCAGACUCUUUACAACCUCAGUUUUAAAGAGAGGAAAGAAACGAAGGCGAAAAGGGAAAAAAGGCAUUCGCUCCACUAAGAACCCAAGGUCUGUCUGUUCACCUUGUGACCAUAGGUGGACAUUAAACCCUGAAAACUGCCAAUGUGUGUGUCAGAAAACUGAGGAACAGUGCAACCAGCGGGGACUGAUAUUCAAUCAACAUCAAUGCAGGUGCGAAAUACCAAGAAGCUGACAGUCACCUAGCAAACAAUAUAACUAGAAUUUAAGUGGUUUCAUAUCCAGAGCCAUAUGACUUUGCACCUUACUGCAUUGGUCCUUCACCCCUCACUGCUAGAAUGAGGAUCACGGUUGGAAAACAUCCACUGGUGAAUAUCAUGACUAACGUUACAGUGAGCCUAAAUAUGGAGAAUUUGCAGUCAGGUUGGAGGCCUGGCCCACUUGGUUGGCAAAUAUUAUGUGGACUUGCUGAAGAGUGAACUCAGGAUUUUGAGCAAACUGGCAAAGAUUUUUUUAUACAUUUUAUUAUAUGUUUUACUGUAGACUUACUGAGGCCUUGUUCACACAGGC